CACUGUGAAGAGUGAAGAUGAUGAAGAGGAAGCUCAGUGCUCACAGCUUCAUCAGAGCCAAACUGAGGAGAACAGAGAGGCAGAGCCUCCAGCCAGCAGCUCCACUGAACAGAUGAAAACAGAAGCUGAUGGAGAGGAAGCAGCCAGGAACUCAGAUCCAGCUGCUGAUUUCCAAGCAACUAGUGAGGGCCAGCUCCUCUCUUCACACUCUUCUGAAGCUGAGACUGAUGACAGUGAUGACUGGGAGGAGAGCAGAGAGCCUCAGUCAGGUUCAAACCCACAGAGUGAACUCCUUUUCAGUGAUGAUGGAUCUGAUGAUGCAGAGAAACCAUCUUCCUGCUCUGUGAACAAGAACACAGGAGAGAAACUGUGGAGUUGCUCUUUUUGUGGUAAAAACUUUAAACUAAAAGGAACCUUAAACAGACACAUGAUGAUGCACAAGGGAGAGAAACCAUUUCACUGCUCAGUCUGCGGUAAAGGUGUUACAUGGAAACAUGACCUCAACAUACACAUGCGAACUCACACAGGAGAGAAACCUUUCAGCUGCUCACUUUGUGGUAAAUGUUUUGCACAGAAAGAACACCUUAAAACUCACAUGAGAGUUCACACAAGAGAGAAACCAUUCAUGUGCACAGUCUGUGGCAAAAGCUUUACACGAAAAGAACACCGUAAGACUCACAUGAGAAUUCACACGGGAGAGAAACCGUUUAGCUGCUCAGUCUGCGGUAAAGGUUUCACACGGAAAGAACACCGUAAAACUCACAUGAGAAUUCACACAGGGGAGAAACCAUUUAGCUGCUUAGUCUGUGGGAAAGGUUUUAUAUUGAAAGAUUACCUCAACAGACAUGUGCGAAUUCACACAGGAGAGAAACCUUUUCGCUGCUCGUUCUGCGACAGAGCUUUCAAUGAUGAAAGUAAUUUAAGGGCACACACCAAAGUCCACACACGAGAGAAAACGUUCAGCUGCAGUGUGUGUGGGAGGAGCUUCACCAGGCGUGCAGGUGUUAGCAGACACGAGUGUGCUGGUUAGACACCUGAACGCUGCUCACACACACGUUACGUUCCUGCAGGCUGAUGGAGUCAACACUGCUGCCCAGUACCUGUGUGUUUGCCACAGCCUGAGGGACAAUCAGCAACAAGCAACAAACUAAAUAAUAGCAGUAAUCAUAAAAGAAAUGAUAUAUUUUGAGCUAACAUAUAUUAUUGUAUUUUCUGUUGUACAUUCUGUGAUAGCCUUUUGUCUGUAUUUACAUUAAUCUGUUUAAUUUUUCUAUUUCUCAUAAACUUACUUUUACUACUACAGUUUAAAUUUCUGU